AUGGCAACUUCACGUUGGAACUCCUCAUUUCAACAACCAUGGAAGUACCAUAUUUUCUUGAGUUCUAGAGAAGAAGAUACCAGAAAAGGCUUCACAGCUGAGUUACACGAAGCUCUAAAGGAAAGGAAUAUCAAAACUUUCAUGGAUUAUGAUAUAAGGAAAAGACAAGGUAUCAGCCCAGAACUCAUUCAAGCCAUUGAAGAAUCUCUCUGUGCCAUUGUCAUUUUCUCUAAGGAUUAUGCUUCGUCUUCUUGCUGUUUGGACGAGCUCUCAAAGAUUGUUGACUGCAAAAAAUCAUGGAGCAGACUGGUUUUGCCAGUGUUUUAUAAUAUAGAUCCAUCUGAUGGACAAAUUGUAAGUGAAAUACCCUCGGUGCUCCAAAAGAUGACAGCUACUGAACUAAUUAAUGGUAAUCCAAAAUUCAUUGCUCAAGCGGUAAAUUUGCUUUCUGACCUUGAUCUCUCCAAACAGAGUUUACCGUUUAGGAAUUUCAGCUAUGCUCGUCUUAAGAAUGUCAACUUCAUCAGUCAAAUCUUGACCGCACAAAAUUUCUGGAAAAAGCCCGAAGCUAGUAAAGAAGAGAGACUAGAAGCAGAAGAGCUAAAGCAAGGACCAACUGCCAUGGCGCAUGAAGCAAACCGCCGUGGCGGCUUAGAUUGA